AUGGCUGGAAAUUAUUACCGACUGCAUUCGAACGACUUUGGUCAUGCGAGGUCCCCCAAGUGCAUUAGGGAAACUGAAGAAUGUCCUAAAAACGCGGACAACUGGAGUUUCAGCCCUGUGCACUACAGCUAUUCUUUGAAGAAUUUAGAAGAAGCAGAUAGACAUUGGUUGGUGUACUCAAAGAGCAAGCUUUUUUGUUGCAAGCUUAUUUCGUCAUCUACAGUAAAAAUUGCAAAGAACGCUAUAUACUACUGGUGGCACCUUACAUCAUAUCCUGAAAUGGAUCAUGUUUUCCGAGGGACUGUCGAAGCCCAUCAUCAAAGACUGCUGAAUAAUGAAAGUGAACAUUGGAAAAAUAUUCUUGAGCACUUAAUAGCAGUAAUUCAUUUCCUGGGUCAGCACUGUCUGCCUUUGAGAGGAAGUACAGAUACACUCUUUCAGCCUGACAACAGAAUCUUCUUGAAACUUGUUGAAUUAUUAGGAAAGUUUGACACUGUGAUGAUGGAGCACCUGCACAGAACAAAGCAAGGUGAGAGCAAGGGUCAUCAUUAUCUUGGAAAAGAAACAAAGAAUCAAGUAAUUCAUCUUAUUAGAUCACCUAUAACCAACAACGUUCUAUUAAUGAUGAAAUCUGCAAAGUAUUACAGUAUAAUUCUGGACUGCACACAAGAUAUUUCAAAAGUUGAGCAGAUGACAGUUGUGGUACGUUUCGUCCAGGAGACAAGACUCCACGGGGUAUAUGAUGUCCAAAUUUGGGAGCAUUUCCUGGGAUUCCUUCCAGGGCCUGAUUCUUUAUGCUCCACUUUGAUGCAAGUUGUACUCAAGUUCUUGGAAGAUAAGAAAAUCCUAUUGUGUAAUAUGAGAGGGCAAGAAAGAAGUUUCAGAUAUGAACAAGAGAUCAUUUUAUGUACCAUCAAGAAGCCAAUACACUUUACCUAUGAAGGAAGGGAUGAGACAAUAGAUGACCCAACAAAACGAAAUAAGAUUGAAUUCUACUAUUAUCUUUUAGAUACAGUAAUCACAUCUUUGGAUGAGAGAUUCAGUCAACUGAAAGUUCAUUGUGAUUAUUUUGAUUUUCUCUACGACAUUGAUGAGCUAAAGAAUACACCUCCUGACAGCCUGGACACAAAGUGUAGAAACCUCCCAUCGAUUUUGCAAGAUCAUGAGUCAAGCGACAUUGAUGCAUUGGAGUGGAGAGAUGAACUAAAAGUGCUUUCAACAUUGUUGAAACCUGGAAUAGGUCCAAAAGAGAUUCUAUAG